AUGAGCUUUACUCACCUCUUCCUCCUCCAGCAGAAUAAGAAGUCGCUUCCUACCACCACCAUCACCACCACCCAUAAUCAUCAUCAUUACCAUCAUCACAGCCAUCAAUGGCAUAACCCCCCCGCCGAAAUGGGGAACAUCCUCGGCUCCCAGCGCGUGUUCUACGCGGGAUACGAGUACCACCGGGGCUCGGCGGACGGCUCUAGGAGCCACGACGACGACGACGUGGUGUACGCGCGGUACGGCUGGCGCCAGUUCCUCCGGGUGCUUCUUUCGGGGCCAGCCGGUAGCGGCGGCAACGAGGCGCGGGGCCAGAGCCGGAGUUGGGAGGCGCGAGGAGGGUGGGGUGGGAAGGUCGUGGGGAUCCAGAGGAAGAAAGGAUGCAUAAACCGCGACCACUGGGCGCUCAAAUUUCAGCCGGGAAUCGACACUUCGCAGCUACCGCGGCGGGUCAAGGGGUUCCGGACGAAGAUCCCGAGCCGGUGCAAGAAGAACUGCGGCUGA